ACCAUGUAGAUUCGCUUAAUCUUUCCUCCUCCCCUCUUCACAUGGAAAUGGGCUAGUGUGGUUGCCAUGUGUCUAUUUAAGAGCGAUUAACACUUGCUUGCCACAAAUCCCUCCUUGGGCCAUUUGGGAGCUGCACGCGUUCGCACCCCGCCUUGUUUACCCGAACUGGCCUUCACGCUCAGCCUUUUUGUUUACCCCGCUGGCCGGAGGUCUGGGAUGGCGUGGGGAGGGGGGCAUUUCUAAAUAUGCAUCAGGAGGUCUUGACUAUAUAAAAGAAGACCAGGGCUGCCGGAUGUGGGAGAAGGAUCUCCUGCCUUAGUGACCGGGUGUAUACAUGGAGAGGUUGGAGAGCUCGGAGUCCCGACCCUACUGGGCCAGCUGCUGCCGUUUGCUUCCUGAAACCCCAGCUUCUCAGACCCUGAGGCCAGGGAACAACAACUCACGGUCGCCUGCUUUUUGGAGACCUUGGCUUGGCACCCCUAGAGAGGAAGCUGAGAAAAUGCGGCCCAACCCCAAGGAUACCGUGUGUGAUCUGCCUGGGAUGACAGAAACCUCUGGAAAACUUUCCCAAUAUAAACAUCCAGUCAGACUAUUUUGGCCCAAAUCAAAAUGUUAUGAUUUCUUGUAUCAAGAAGCAGAAUCUCUUCUGAAAAAUUUUCCAAUUCAAGCUACAAUUUCAUUUUAUGAAGAUUCUGAUAGUGAAGAGAGGAGGAGGAGGAGGAGGAGGAGGAGGAGGAGCUGAUUCAGGAUUCAGGAACUGAAUUGAAUUGAUUCUUUUUGAAGGAAUUCAAAGUUUAUAGCAUUAAAAUUUCAAUGUACAAAUGUAUCAUAGUGUUUUUAAAAUAUAAUUUAUUUGUGUGUAAGUUAUUAAUAAAAUGUUAAAAUAUUUUACAAUUGAUAGGGUAGUUUGGCGUUUGUCAUGCUUCCCUACUCCCAGGUAUAAUGCUAGCACCUUAUCAGAAACAAGCACAUUUUUUUCAUUGCAUUUUUAUCAUUUUGAAUUAUUAAAGUUAAGUUGUGACAAUUUUGGGUUUUUUAUUAAAAGUUUUGAGAGCAGAACUAUAGCGUAAUAGAUAGAGAGUAAGCUUUGGGGUCAAGAAAGAGGAAGUUCCUGUUUUUUCAGCAUGAUACACUGGAUAAAACUUAGACUUUGGAGUCAGAUGACUUGGGUUCAAAUCCUACCUCUGAUACUUGCUACCUGUGUGACUUUAGACAAGUCACUCCCUGGGUCUCAGUUUCUUCAUCUGAAGAAUGAGGACACUGGACCAAGUGGCUUCUGUGGUCCCUUCUAGCUACAAAUCUAUGAUCCUACAGGUCUUUGUUACAUACUAGCUAUAUGAUCAUGGGCAUAUCACUCAAUCUCUUUUUGCCCUAGGCAACCAAGACUAUAAAUUACAUAAGAACCCCUGAUCUAUUCUAGUGAAGGGAGUAAGCCACACUGGGAAUUCCUUGUGUGGAUGAAAUCACAGAUCUAGACUCCUUCAUUACAUUUUUCAUAUUCCAUAAUUCUAAAUAAGAGUUCCAAUAUCCAAGUCAUUGUUCAUCUUUGUAUCCCCAGUGUAGCACUAUGCUUUGCACGUAGUAGGCCCUGCAUAAAUAUUUCUUGAAUAAAUAAGUGAAGCAAUCAAUAAAUACUUCAGUUUUAAAUCUGGAUCUUACAUCAUCUGGUAUUACCUUCUAGACUUUAUAGAAUUUUCCAGAUGUCAGCUGACAUAUAAUUAGGUACUUCACUGCUCCUUUAAAAGUUUCAUGAUUUAAUCAGUGUGUAUACACUGCCCAGCUAGUGUUAACUGAAUGAUCCAAUAAUUUAUUUUGAUUCUUAAAUUAGACUAUGAAGAAAAAUCUCUUGUGCUUCCAAACAUGUUUGGUAUUAAGAGAAACACCUUUUCAAGUAAUAGUAUAACCGAGACUUGGGAUCCAGUAUGGAUUUUUAAAAAAUCCUUGACAAAAAAUGAUGCAAAUUUCACUUUAUAUAAUCACCUUUCAAAUAACUAAACCUGCAAUCGUC